CCCGAUCACUCCCUGCGCCACCGCCACCCAAAGCCUUCUCCUGUGUCCUCUCGCUCCGGACCCGGCGGCGCUCGUCGUCUCCAGGCGGCGCGUGGAGUGACGGCCACAUCGACGGCGGCGGCGCCACCAACAGCAGGAAGUCGCCGGCGGCGUACAGUUGUGGCCGGCGGCGGCGUUCAAGGCACGCGGUACAGUAGCUGUGCAUGACUACGUUGGUUCGGUUCGUCGGAAGAGAAGCUUCUUUGAGCAGGAGUGGCAAAGCGGCGGCUCCGAGCGGUCUCGGUCUGUUUGCACAGCGUUGGAGAGCGUUUCAGGGUGCGAGAAUGGAGAAUGGGGGCGGCAAGAGUGGGCGUGGUGCUCUGGUGGUCUUGGAAGGGCUGGAUCGGAGUGGGAAAUCCUCGCAGUGUGCUCGACUGCUCUCCUUUUUGGAAGGCAAAGGUUGCCGUGCUGAAGGGUGUCGGUUCCCUGAUAGAGGCACUAGUGUCGGGCAGAUGAUCUCCACAUACCUCGCAAAUGAGUCGCAGCUUGAUGACAGAACGAUUCAUCUGCUCUUCAGCGCGAAUCGCUGGGAGAAAAGAUGUUUGAUGGAAAGCAAGCUACUCAGUGGAACUACACUCAUUGUUGACCGCUAUUCUUAUUCUGGAGUGGCAUUUUCAGCAGCUAAGGGACUCGACAUCGAGUGGUGCAAGGCUCCAGAAGUUGGACUUAUAGCUCCAGAUCUUGUAAUUUAUCUUGAUGUACAACCAGAGAAAGCGGCUGAAAGAGGAGGCUACGGGGGUGAGCGAUAUGAAAAGAUAGAGUUCCAAAAGAGAGUUGCAGAGCAUUACCAUUCACUCUGUGAUUCAACAUGGAAGGUUGUCGACGGUUCCCUUCCCAUGGAGACUGUUGAAGAACAGCUGAGAGAACUAGCUACGAGCUGCAUUCGGGAGUGCCAAGGGAAGCCACUUACCAAUCUGGCCUGGUAAAGUGCCACUAUCGCACGAAGAAAUGGAACAUCACAGUCCGAUACAUCUGCAGAUGAGAAUCAGGCUUCUGGCAGCACAUUCUGUAGCCCAUUUCUGUAUCCCGGCCUUGUGCAGCACAUUUAUGAAUUGGUGUUUUCAGAGAGUUUAUAUGCUGGUGUUAAGCGUUCUGAUACUUUUUAGUGUUCUUUAUAUAUGCGUUGCGAUGUUUAAAAUGUGCA